AUGAGUGACAGCAUUUCACAGUUGAAAAAGAAACUUGAAGAAGGAGUCUCUAUACCGUCCAACCAUUUUCAUCUUUUCUUCAAUGGAGUCCCUCUUGACGAUGAUGACUGGAAAGUAAACUCAUACAACAUUCCACCGGACUCCAUUUUGAAGUACAAGAUUGACGAUGGGUUUAAUGCAAAUGUUUUCAAGUAA